CUCGGCUCCAAAAGGCAAGGUGACACUGCAACUCUGAGCGGCGAGCUUGAGCACAACAGACAGGCUUUCUCAUGUGAGAGAGGGAGGUUUCACGGUUUUCGGCUCAAAAAGGUUCUCCACAGAUACUGAACGAGCUCAGACAGCCCUUUUGGAGAAUGCUGGCCACAGGAGCGGCUGUAAGCACGGCGCUGGCACAGGUGGACCGUGAGAAGAUCUAUCAGUGGAUCAAUGAGCUGUCGAGCCCUGAGACGAGGGAGAAUGCGCUGCUGGAGCUCAGCAAGAAGCGGGAAUCGGUCACUGACCUGGCGCCGAUGCUCUGGCACUCGUGUGGGACCAUCGCUGCACUCCUUCAGGAAAUAGUGAACAUCUAUCCCUCCAUUAACCCUCCCACGCUGACGGCGCACCAGUCCAACAGAGUGUGUAACGCCUUAGCUUUGCUGCAGUGUGUGGCUUCGCAUGUAGAGACACGAUCAGCAUUUUUGGCAGCUCACAUCCCCCUGUUCCUGUAUCCAUUCCUGCACACCGUCAGUAAAACGAGACCCUUCGAGUACCUUCGUCUCACCAGCCUUGGAGUCAUCGGAGCACUGGUAAAAACAGACGAGCAAGAAGUGAUUAACUUCCUGUUGACGACAGAAAUCAUCCCACUGUGCCUGCGCAUCAUGGAGUCCGGCAGCGAACUCUCCAAGACGGUUGCAACAUUUAUCUUGCAGAAGAUCUUGCUGGAUGACACAGGCCUGGCCUACAUCUGCCAGACCUACGAGCGAUUCUCUCACGUAGCCAUGAUCCUGGGGAAGAUGGUACUGCAGCUGUCUAAAGAGCCUUCAGCCCGGCUGUUGAAGCACGUCGUACGCUGUUACCUGCGCCUCUCCGACAACUCCAGAGCGAGAGAGGCGCUCCGUCAGUGUCUGCCCGACCAGCUGAAGGACACCACCUUCGCCCAGGUGCUGAAGGACGACACCACCACCAAACGCUGGCUAGCCCAGCUGGUCAAGAACCUGCAGGAUGGACAGGUCACAGAUCCCCGCGGAAUCCCGCUGCCUUCACAGUAACGCACACGGAGACCUCGUCCAAAACCGGACGCAGGAACAGGGUCAUAGGCCAACACAUCUCUCUGUAGCUGGAGUUUUACAUGCUUACACACACAACACGGACUGUUCUUGUACUCAAGAGCACUUAGACUUGAGGGUUUUUUUGCCAAGACUUAGGAAAGGUGCUUAAUGUUUUGCUUUCAGGUUCUUUGAGCAAAUUUCCACGGACGUUCUGAACCAACCCUGGACUUUACUGGACUUGCCAGAAGCAAAACGUACUCCAUAGUUUUUUGUUUGUUUGUUUGUUUGAAGGCCUGCCUCUCCAUCACUCUCUCUCUCUCUUACGGUCUUACAGUCUGACCCCCUCUUACGCACAGUUGCUAGAAACCUUUGAAUACUGUAAAAUACAAUAGAAUCUCUCGUCCUUCUCCAGCUUGGUCUGGAGGAGGGGUGGGAUUUGUGAGGGGUUGAAUAAAAUAUAAAUAGAUUUUUGUAAAAUA